AUGGAGACUUUUGUCGGAUUCAAUCGUCGUUGGCCUAUGACAUACAGAAUAGAUCCUAGAAGUUCAAGUCGAUACUUAUACACAGUUCCACGACAAUCCAAACCGUGGAAUACAUCGAGAUUAGGCAACAAUGAUAUAGCCAGUCUGUAUUCACUACUGCUUACUCUCAUUUCUGACGCGUACCAUGCUAAUCUAUCUGAAUAUAUUUCCGAUAUCGACACAUUUCUGCUUCAAUCAAGAGAUUUUCGUCGACUUCGUACACUGACAACGAUGAAUAUUGAAGCACUUUCGUGCUUGACACAACGUAUUCAUACAGUAAAAUUGGUAGGAACAAGCGACGUUUUGACAUUUUCGAACAUUUAUCGCAACGUGAAUCAUUUAGUUAUUAUAAAUACUAAGAUGGAUUCUUUGGCGGUAGUUAUAAAUCUUGUUGAAUCUUUUCCAAAUCUUCGCUCGCUCAACGUUCAGUUUCGAAUGAACAACGAUUAUUUUGAUAGUCUUGACGUGAUUCUCAACGGUCAACAUUUGCCACACCUUACCGUGUUCACAAGCAACUGGAUCGAUGAAAACUGGGGUUAUUCGAUCAGAGUCAAUGAAUGGUUGUU